CAUCAAAUGAAAUAAGCAAUGACAUGACAUUUGUAUUUUCUAUCCUUGAUGAUGGACCGCAAAAUUUUGUGAAUAUUUACAAAAAUAACACGUGAUUUACUAUUAAAUUACCAAGGACCUGUUAAUUUGUAGUUGAUUACGCCAUAGUCGUAGUCAAGAUUGUUUAUUAGUCAAAUAUAACCUAGCAAAUGCCGAUAUGCAGGUGGUAACUAAAGUUCGUCUGUUUAGAAGUCCAUAUACCAUCUUCUUUAUUACUGAGGAUCUGAGCGUGUUGCCUGAUGAACAACAUUACAAGUCCAUUGGUGUGAAGACUGGAGACUGCUGUGAACUAGAGUUAGACGGCGAGGACGAGGUCAAAAAGAAGCUCAAGUUCAGAACAAAUGCACUAUUCCUACAGCCGUUUGUAAAGGAGUGUGUGAAUUCUGAUGUCUACAGAUCGAAAGUAGUGUCACAUUUGAAUCGUCUGGGCGGAUAUCCGGAGUGUGGGACUGUAUUUUUGAAAUUGAUUCUAGAACCUCCAGAUACAGAAAUUAUUGACUAUGCUUGGAAUGAUAGAAUUCUACGACUGAUUUGGACAAGAGUUGAAAUAGAGAAUGCAUUUUCAUGGUUAUCGACACUUGGUGGGGCUUAUUCUGCUCUGGGAGACUACUUUGAUCACUGUGCAGAGGAAGCAGGAAGGAUAUCAUUGAGGCAGUAUAGACUAUCUUUAAUGCUUGGCGAUGAAGGUUUAGCUGCUCGAAGCCGGCUCUACUCUGCUCUUUCCCAAGCUCAGAAGGGGAAUCUGCACAUAUCUAGGAAUAUCGUCAGGAACGUAGCAGCGUUCGCCAGAGAAACUCAUGAUAAGCGCUUGAUGCGAAUGUGCCAAGGUGUUUGGGCCAAACUUAAGUACUUGAGGUCUCUGAAACACGAGGCAAUUGACCUGCAAAAAGACUGUGAUAUAAGUAACGGAAAAGUAUCAAAUGCUAUAACAAAUUGAGUCAAAUACUCUUUGCAUAGUUGUCGGAAAUUCCUCUUGUCUAUGCACCACCCAUUUCAUGUGAUCAAAAAAGGUUGUUUAAACUUCAACCAGCAAUAUUGUAUGUGCAUUAUUUUGUAGGUAUUCCAGUACUGAAUUGGAAUUUAUUGUAUGUAUUGUUAUAUACUGCCAUAAUUAAUGAAACUGAACAAGGGUAUUUAAAAUAUGGUUUUAAUGAGAAUAAGAUAACUUUGUUGGUGUAUUAUGAUGUUCUUGUUGAAUGUAUUUGUGGCUACAAUCUUCAAUAGUUUCGUUUUUUUCUAAUCAUAGUACGAGUAGUUAAAAAAUUUGCAAAUCAACAUUCCCAUGUUGCACGAUAUUACUAAAAAGCACAGUCAAAAUUAUUGUUAUUACAAGUUUGUACAACAGUGAAAUCAUCUUCAAUGAUAAGUAGGUAUGUCUCAAUUUCCAUAGAAUUAUCUCACCUUGUCUACAUGAAAGUGGAGUUUUAAUACCAUUGCAAUAAUCAUAAUCUCAUAAUUCUUUGCAAUACAGUUCAAGUUAUUGUAAGUCCUAACAAACUUGACAUUAAUUGGCAUAUGCGGUUUUUUAAACAAUUGAUACAGGGAUUAGCAAACUAUCCUUGAUAGAAGGAAAUAUUUGAGGAGCCACAAAGCCUUUGGAACUCCUCAUAUAAAUGCCUCUUUGCUAAGAGUACAAUCAAAAACUAUUGAACAAAAUUUUCAUCAAACUACUGUAAUGAUUUGUUAAUUAAUGUGUAUUAUCACGCACUGUCUAGUGAAAUCGUAAUUGUUAUUUUCUUCGUUAAUUUGUUGGUGCUGUAAAUAAAUUUAAUUUAUGCCAAAAAA